UCAAACUUGCUACGUCGACAGUGAAAUGGAGAAGAAUUUCGUAUUCGUAUUCGUAUCGUAUAUAUAUUCACUUCAACUAGGGUUUUAAGUUCUCUCUUUCACCAUAUCACAGAACUCGCACACACGCACGCAGGGAGAAACAGGCGCAGCAUCCUUGUCAUCACAUCUGACAAAACACCAAAAUGGCAAGAGGGUUGAAGAAACAUUUGAAGAGGCUCAAUGCUCCGAAACAUUGGAUGCUUGAUAAGCUUGGUGGCGCCUUUGCACCAAAGCCAUCAUCUGGACCUCACAAAUCAAGGGAGUGCCUGCCUUUGAUCCUUAUCCUCCGAAACAGACUAAAAUAUGCUCUGACAUAUAGAGAAGUAAUUGCCAUCUUAAUGCAACGUCAUGUUCUUGUUGAUGGCAAAGUUAGGACUGAUAAGACAUAUCCUGCUGGUUUUAUGGAUGUUGUGUCUAUUCCCAAGACAAAUGAAAAUUUCCGUCUCCUGUAUGACACAAAGGGUCGAUUCCGUCUUCACUCUGUAAGGGAUGAUGAGGCAAAGUUUAAGCUCUGCAAAGUGCGAUCUGUUCAGUUUGGACAGAAAGGGAUACCUUAUUUGAACACCUAUGAUGGGCGCACCAUCCGAUAUCCUGACCCCCUAAUUAAGGCUAAUGACACAAUCAAACUUGACUUGGAACUUAACAAGAUAACUGAUUUCAUCAAAUUUGAUGUGGGGAAUGUUGUUAUGGUGACUGGAGGGAGGAAUAGAGGUCGUGUUGGUGUCAUCAAGAACAGGGAAAAACACAAAGGAACCUUUGAGACCAUUCACGUCCAGGAUUCCGCUGGUAAUGAGUUUGCAACCCGGUUGAGUAAUGUCUUCACCAUUGGCAAAGGUACAAAACCAUGGGUGUCUCUACCCAAAGGCAAGGGUAUUAAAUUGACUGUCAUUGAGGAGGCUAGGAAGCGGAUUGCUUCUCAACAAGUGGCAGCUGCUUAAAUUUUAAUACUUUAUAUUGUUUGGUAAUUUAGCCAUUUAGAUUGUUUAUGAGACUGUUUCGCGGCUAGAUUGUUUGAAUCACAAUUUUGAACAUGACUUGAUGUGAGUUCAAUUUGUUUGAAAAUCUAUGUUGGAUGACAUUUUUUGUUCUCAAUUUUGUCUUCCAGUUGUAUUAGAAUUGAAUUACAGUAUAAAUUUAUGAUUUGACUAUCA